CAUGCGCAAAUCCUGUUUGUGUUUAUGACGUUUGUUGUAUGCUUAUGAUUUGUAAGCGUCGCGACUAAAUUAAAGAAAAAAGUUAUUGUUAUAGCUGUUUUAAAGUUACUAAUCAAAGUUACUAGUUAUACAAUAUCCUUCGGGAUGGGGGACGUAAAAUCGUUCCUUCACCAAUUUUGCCAAAAAAAUCAGAAAGAACCGGUGUUUGAAGUGAGGCCUACCGGUCCUAAACACCGCCAAAGAUUUUUAUGUGAAGUAAGAAUUGAUGGGCAUAAUUAUGUAGGAGCGGGGAAUUCAACAAAUAAAAAAGAUGCACAAAUGAAUGCAGCCAAAGAUUUUGUAUCAUUCCUUGUUCGCCAGGGUAUAGUUAAUCAAAAUGAAGUGCCAGUUGAUUUAAAUGUGCCUGCACCAGCUACUGGCCCACCACCUUCAGAGUCAUUUGGCAAUAAUGGAAACAAUUCUGGGCCACAACAUAGAGUGUUUAAAGAGGGAGUUGAUCCAACAAACUUUGGUGAAGCCUAUCGUCCAGUUGGAAAUCGGAACAAUUUCCAGGAUAAUAACUGGCAUUACAUGGACAGAGCUCAAGAACAGAAAAGAAUGGAAGAAGCUGAAGAUUUGGAUGUGAAUGCACAAAUUCAUGGAAAUUGGACAGUUGAAAAUGCCAAGUCCAAGUUGCAUCAGUUCAUGCAAAGUAACAAAAUCCAUGCUGAUUAUAAAUAUAGUCAAGUUGGGCCUGAUCACACAAGAACAUUUGUUGCUGAAAUGAGUUUUUAUGUAAAAGCUUUGGGACGAACUAUUCAUGGCCGUGAUACUGGAUCAAAUAAGCAAACUGCCAGCAAAAGUUGUGCCUUGUCAAUUGUAAGGCAACUUUUCCAUUUGGGUGUUAUUGAACCUUUCUCAGGCACUCUUAAAAAAGAAAAAUCAGUAGCAGAAAUGAAACCUUUCCAAGUAAAGAUUUCUCCAGACCUUCAAAGAAAAGUUGAAGAAUGUCUCCAUGAUUUAAACAUAACACCAACUACAAUUGGUGCUCAAACUGAUCAACCUGUCUCACUAUUGAGCACCCAUAUUUUGGACGAUUUUAAGCCUGCUGUCCCGUCUGCUGCGGGAGUCGUUACAUGGUCUCCACCACAACCCAAUUGGAACCCAUGGACUGGAUGCAACAUUGAUGAAGGCCCUUUAGCAAAUAUUUCCCUGGAACAAUUAAGCGAGCAAUUGAUGGAAGAAGCAAAGUCGAAUGCUGCAAAUAAUACAGGCCUACAAAAAAGUUUGGAGGAAAGGCAAACUUUGCCAGUUUUCUCCAUGAAAAGGCAAAUUAUGGAAAUGAUUAAUGAACAUCCAGUGAUCAUCAUCAGAGGUAACACCGGUUGCGGCAAAACUACGCAGGUGUGCCAGUUUAUUUUGGAGGAUUACAUCAUGUCCGGCCAGGGAGCCUGGUGUAACAUUGCGGUAACGCAGCCCAGAAGAAUUUCCGCCGUUUCAGUGUCGGAGAGAAUCUCGAACGAAAGAUGCGAAGACUUGGGACAGGCCAUUGGGUACUCUGUACGUUUUGAGUCAGUCCUACCAAGGCCCUAUGCAUCCAUCAUGUUUUGCACAGUGGGAGUUUUGUUAAAGAAAUUAGAAAACGGUCUGAGGGGCGUAAGCCACGUCAUCGUUGAUGAAAUUCACGAGAGAGAUGUCAACAGUGACUUUAUUAUGGUUGUUUUAAGAGACAUGAUUCACAAUUAUCCUGACCUGAGAGUUAUUCUUAUGUCUGCUACCAUUGAUACAACUCUUUUCUCAAAAUACUUCAACAACUGUCCUGUGAUCGAAAUUCCAGGUAGAGCUUUCCCAGUGAAACAAUAUUUCCUGGAAGAUUGUGUGGAACUUGCUAAAUUUGUGCCACCGACCGACACCCGCAAACGUAAAGGCAGCAACAAAAACGACGAUGACGAUGAACAGGCUUUAGGUGGCGAUGAAGGAGAUGAAAAUUUGAACAAGGUGGUCGGAGAUAAGUAUUCGAUACAAACGAAAAACGCCAUGUCCAGGAUGAGCGAAAAGGAAGUCAGUUUUGAAUUAAUGGAGUCUCUAUUGUUAUACAUUAAAGGUCAAGGAGUACCAGGUGCCAUCCUAGUGUUUCUUCCCGGUUGGAAUCUUAUAUUUGCUUUAAUGAAGCACUUGCAAAAUCAUCCUACCUUUGGUUCUUCAUCAUAUUUGGUUCUUCCCCUUCAUUCACAAAUUCCGAGAGAAGAACAGCGCAGAGUGUUCGCGCCUGUUCCACCGCACGUAACCAAAGUCAUUUUGGCCACCAACAUCGCGGAAACAUCCAUCACCAUUAACGAUGUCGUGUUCGUCAUCGACAGCUGCAAAGCCAAAAUGAAGAUGUUCACGUCGCACAACAACAUGACCAGCUAUGCAACCGUGUGGGCUUCCAGAACCAAUUUGGAGCAAAGGAAAGGUCGUGCUGGUCGUGUUAGACCGGGAGUUUGCUUCCACCUUGUGUCUGAAGCCAGAUUCAAUAAACUUGAUGAACACAUGACGCCAGAAAUGUUCAGAACUCCGCUCCACGAACUCGCUCUAAGCAUUAAGCUAUUGCGUUUGGGAUCCAUUGGACACUUUUUGAGCAAAGCAAUCGAACCACCGCCAUUGGAUGCUGUGAUCGAAGCUGAAGUAUUACUGAGGGAAAUGAAAUGCCUUGAUGCCAACGAUGAACUAACGCCGUUGGGACGAAUCAUAGCCAAACUACCCAUUGAACCUAGGUUGGGUAAGAUGAUGAUUUUGGGUUGCAUUUUUAUGUGCGGUGGACCAUUGGCCACUAUGGCCGCCAACUCUUCAACAUUCCCGGAAAUAUUCACACUUGAUGGCGGACAGAGAAGAUUGAGUUUCCAUCAACGGGCACUUUCUGGCGAUAGGAAUUCCGAUCACGUUGCUAUGUUAACUGCUUUUGAGAUGUGGGAUCAAGCAAGAUCUGGCGGGGAAGAUGCAGAACUGAGGUUUUGUGAUUACAAAGGCAUUAGUAUGCCAACCAUGAGGGUAACAUGGGAAGCCAAACAUCAACUGCAACAAAUCCUGAACAACGUGGGUUUCCCGGAGGAAACUUUAUGCCCAAUUCCGAUGGAAACUGUCGGGCCCGAUCCAAAAUUGGACGUCGUUAUGGCACUCAUGUGUUACGGUCUAUACCCGAACGUAUGUUUCCACAAAGAAAAAAGAAAAGUAUUAACUACCGAAAGUAAAUCCGCUUUAAUACACAAAACGUCAGUGAACUGUAGCAAUAUAGAGCAAAAUUUUCCGUAUCCAUUUUUCGUUUUUGGCGAGAAAAUACGUACCAGAGCCGUUUCCUGUAAACAGAUGUCGAUGGUAACGCCACUGCACUUGCUGUUGUUUGGUUCGCGUAAAGUCGAUUGGAUCGAGGGAGUAGUGCGAUUGGAUAAUUGGAUUAAUUUGGAAAUGGAUCCCCAAGUUGCUUCGCAAAUUGUUGCUUUGAGACCUGCUUUGGAAAGUUUGGUUAUCAGAGCUUCACAAGAACCAGAACAGAUAUUGGAAAUGGGCGAACUUGAUUGCAAGGUGGUUUCAGUAAUGAAAGAGCUGUGCAGGCUUCAUGCAGGAAGUUUUGAAAUAGAAAGAGCAAAACCAUCGUUGUUAGCAUCACAAAGGCCUCCACGUGGCCACUCUUUGGGAUUCAGUGGACCUCCACCAAAAUUCUCGAGAGGUCGCGGUGGUAGAGGCGGCGGUUACGGAGGUGGCGGUGGCGGGUACGGAGGUGGUGGCGGCGGCUACGGAGGUGGUGGUGGCGGCUACGGAGGUGGUGGUGGCGGCUACGGAGGAGGUGGCGGCGGCUACAGAGGGGGUCGCGGUGGUGGAGGCUACGGUGGCGGUGGCUACAGUGGUGGUGGUGGUGGUGACGGAGGUUUUCGGGGAGGACGUGGAGGUGGUGGUUUUAGAGGAGGAAGAGGUGGAUGGUAAUACAAAUAUUUUUCGUAAUGUUCAAAAAAAUGUAUUUUAAGUUCAAUUAUGUGUACAAGUCUAAUCUGAUAACUUUGAUUAAUAAAUGUCUUUAAUAUUA